AUGCUGCGACUGUUGGGACUGUGGCCCUCACCGGUGUCUCACGGCGAGGGUAUCGGCGAUGCCCUGGCUCUGGUGCGCGGCUGGCUCUGCUGCGCCAUGGUGGGCUUCGCGUCGGUCACCAUCGGGGCCAAGCUGUGCAUGGACACUCCGGAGGAGCUGACCGCGCUCACCGACUGCGGCUACAGUCUGUUACGGCUGUCUGCCAUUACAGUGAAGGUUGCCUGCUUCAUUCUGCAGAGGACCACUCUCCAAGAACUUGUCAAGCAACUGGCGGACAUUAGGAACAUACACGGAAGAAGACAGGCCAACUGUCGUGUGCGCAACUUCUACCAGCGUCGCGCCACAAUUGUCUACCGCAGCCUACAGGUAUUAGUGAUGACAGUAAUUUGCGGCUGGAUCACCGCACCGCUGUUGCAACACAAGAAAGCUGAUGAAAUUCGUGACUCACGGAAGGUGGAACGACAGACACCGCUGCCAAUCUGGCUGCCGCUUGAUCUGCAGCGGUCGCCGACCUUCGAGAUAAUAUACGUGGUACAGGCGCUGUGUGGCACCGCGGCGGUGCAGCUCUCCAUGCUGUUGGACACCUCCUUCUACAAGCUGACGCUGCUGGUGACGGCCGAGCUGCAGGUCCUCAACGACAACCUGGUGGUUCUCGGGAGAGCGGACGUGUGUGCCGAGCGAAGGGGUAGUUUUCCCACAGAUGUGCCCGGACAGGAAAGGGACGGUCUUGAUGUUCCACCGAUUAAACAGACUGCUGCUCCAAUCACUGAGAAUAACGAUCGCUCAAGGAAGCUACUGUACUUUCAGUUGGUGGAAAAUGUACGUCAUCAUCAGGCCAUUAUCAAGUAA